GAAAAAUAAUCAAAAAGGAAAAUGAGAAGGACCCACAAUAUAUCAUACAAAUAGCCUUCAAAAUUGGAAGUAUUUUCCUGAAAAUAUUACUAUUCGUUUGAAUGUAAUCAUCCCAUUAUUGUGGAUUUGUGGUCUUGCUUCUCAAAAAUCAACCUAGUAUAAAUCAACCUGCUUUCUGUCUUCUCUGUUUCCGGAAUCAUCUUUCACCAUUAAUUUUCUCACCAAGAUGGCGGAUCGAACAGAAGUUUAUAGCAUGGAUGAUGCUCUUUUGAGCUUGGGAUUUGGGAAAUUCCAAUCUCUAAUUCUGAUAUAUGCUGGACUCGGAUGGAUUUCGGAAGCCAUGGAGGUGAUGAUUCUUUCAUUUGUAGGGCCAGCAGUACAGACUGAAUGGCAGCUAUCUUCGGAGCAAGAGAGUCUUAUCACAACGGUGGUUUUCGCGGGCAUGUUGGUUGGGGCUUAUUCAUGGGGACUUGUUUCUGAUAGAUAUGGAAGAAGGAAAGGGUUUUUGGGUACAGCAAUGAUUACUUCCACAGCUGGUCUUCUAAGUGCAUUCGCCCCGAACUACAUUACAUUGAUAACAUGUCGUUGUUUGGUUGGCGUUGGUGUGGGCGGUGGUCCAGUGUUAUUGGCUUGGUUUCUAGAGUUUGUUCCUGCGCCGAGAAGGGGUACUUGGUUAAUUAUAUUCCAAGGAUUUUGGACAAUCGGUACAGUUGUUGAGGCCACCUUAGCAUGGAUUAUUAUGCCGAGGUGGGGAUGGAGGUGGCUGCUUGGCCUUUCUGCAUUACCGGCAUUUCUUUUGCUCGUCUUUUAUGUUGUGGUGCCUGAAUCACCGAGGUACUUGUGUUUGAAAGGAGAAAAAUAUGGCGCUAUGCAAAUCUUAGAGAAAAUAUCGAAACAUAAUAAGGGAGAGUUACCACCCGGUGUUCUUUGUACCGAUGUCGAGAUCGAGCAAUUAAGUGGUCUACCUCCAGAGCGUAAACCAUUGUUGCAAAGUGUACAUGAUGCAGCUGCCACGCCUUCCAAGGGCGAUGGAUCACAUACCGGAAUCCUUGAAUCCUUGUCGAUGCUUCUUUCACCGAAAUUAAUUAGGUCAACCUUGCUUUUGUGGGUGGUGUUCUUCGGAAAUGCCUUUACUUACUACGGCCUUGUGCUUCUGACCACCGAGUUAAACAAGACCGAUAGUACAUGCUAUUUGAGACAAAUCGGUUCACAAGAGGUUGCCGAUAUCAAUUACAUGAAUGUCUUUAUUACUAGCUUCGCCGAGCUUCCGGGCCUUAUCCUAGCUGCCGUCAUUGUCGAUAGACUUGGUCGUAAGGUUUCAAUGGCAGCUUUGCUGUUUUUGUGUUUCGUCUUCAUGUUGCCGCUAGUGACGCAUCAGCCAGAUGGUCUAACAACAGCACUCCUAUUUGGAGCUCGCGCAUGCAUUAUGGGAUCCUUCACACUCAUGUUUUUAUAUGCUCCUGAGAUAUAUCCAACGGUUGUGCGGAGUACUGGUGUCGGACUAGGGAGUUCAAUGGCUAGAAUCGGUGGAAUGAUCGCUCCGUUGGUUGCAAUAAGCUUGGUACACGGAUGUCAUCAAACUCUUUCCAUUAUCCUAUUUACGAGUGUGGUAUUAGUUUCCGGGAUAUGUGUCUUAUUGUUUCCUAUCGAGACAAUGGGUCGGGAGUUGACUGAUAGCUUUUUCGACAGUAGUACCUAUGAGCGUAUGGUAGCCUAACUAAGUGUGUGAUCGGUAUUUUAUUUAUCUUGUUUAUAUUGAAGCCAAUGAGGUCGUGGCCUAGUUGUCAAGACCGAGGUCUUUGACACUCAAGGUUCCGGAUUUCAACUGGAUUUCACUGUUUUCGUUUUCUAAAUUUAUAUACCCUAAAGAAAAAGAACGGCUUAUUAUUUGUGUUUAAUACAAUAA